ACCUCAGAGUCAAGGAGAACAGAGGAAGUUUUGCAAGUUCAUGCUCUGGUUUUGCAAACAAGGAAAGACUCCAGGGUUCAGUUUUUUCACUUUUUAAGCUCCCCAGACUGAGAAAGACACUGACAAGAUGGGCGACAACAAACAUGAAGGGAGAGUGCCUCUUUUGGAAAAUACAAGGGUGAAAGUGCUUUAUGAAACCCAAACAUCAUUCAGCCCCGGUGAUUACGCUCCAAACUCGAUCUACUCUGCAAUUCUGAGCAGAAAUGAGGCCGUCAAGGAUGCCAAGCGUCUUAAGACUUUUUUGGAACUGCGAGACAAAUAUGUGACGAAGAAGGUUUUGUUUGAAGAUCCCCUGUUUCCUGCAAAUGACUCCUCACUCUUCUACAGUCAGAAACCUUCAAUGAAGAUUGAGUGGAAGCGUCCCUCGGAAAUUUGUGAAAACCCCCAGUUCAUUGUGGAUGGAGCCAACAGGACAGACAUCUGUCAAGGAGAAUUGGGCGACUGCUGGCUGCUCGCUGCCAUCGCCUGUCUGACACUGAACGAGAAGCUGCUGUACAGAGUAAUUCCCCAGGAUCAGAGCUUCACCGAGAACUAUGCCGGCAUCUUUCAUUUCCAGUUCUGGCGUUAUGGUGAAUGGAUUGAUGUGGUUGUGGACGACCGCAUUCCCACCUGCAACAACCAGCUGAUGUUCACCAAAUCAUUCAGAAUAAAUGAGUUCUGGAGCGCCCUUUUGGAAAAAGCUUAUGCAAAGUUGCACGGGUCUUAUGAGGCCCUGAAAGGUGGAAACACUUUGGAAGCCAUGGAGGAUUUCACAGGUGGAGUUACAGAAUACUUUGAGUUGUCUGAAGCCCCUGGUGAGCUCUACAACAUCAUGAGGAAGGCGCUGGAGAGAGGAUCACUGAUGGGCUGCGCCAUAGAUAUUUUUUCAGCCAGUGAAAUGGAAUCUCAGACUCGCCACGGGCUGGUGAAAGGUCAUGCUUAUUCCAUCAUCGCCUUGGAGGAGUGCGAUGGGGUUGCAAAGGACACCAGGAUUCGUCUAAUUCGCUUGCGUAAUCCCUGGGGAUGGGUGCUGUGGAAGGGACCCUGGAGUGCAAAUUCAAAGGAGUGGUCGACCAUUUCCAUCGCAGACAGGGAGAACCUAAAAAAGCAGACUUUAGUGUCAAGCGAGUUCUGGAUGUCUUUUGAGGAUUUUAAGAGGAACUUCACUAAACUGGAGAUGUGCAACCUGACCCCCGACACGCUGCAGGGUGAUGAAAGACACAGCUGGACAGUAUCGGUCCAUGAGGGUCGCUGGGUGAGAGGCAGCUCCGCUGGUGGCUGCAGAAACUUCCCAGACACAUUUUGGACGAACCCUCAGUAUUGGCUGGAGCUGUAUGAGGAGGAUGAUGACCCAGAGGAUGGGGAGGUGGUCUGCACUGUGGUUGUGGCUCUGAUGCAAAAAGGUCGAAGGAUGCAGCGUUAUCAGGGGGCCAAAUUCCUCACAAUUGGAUUUUCCAUCUACGAGGUCCCAAAGGAGAUGUGGGGAGUGAAUCAGCAUAUGCAGAAGGACUUCUUUCUGUAUACAGCCUCCAAAGCUAAAUGCAAGACCUACAUUAACCUACGGGAGGUAACGGAGCGUUUCCGCCUGCCCCCAGGACAGUACGUCAUCAUCCCCACAACCUUUGAACCCCACGAAGAGGGAGAGUUCAUCCUCAGGGUGUUCUCUGAGAAGCAAAGCGUGUCCGAGGAAAUGGAGACUACAAUCGGGAUUGCCCAGCCACAGCCUAUUGUAUUUGUGUCAGACAGAGCACAUGCCAACAAAGAAAUCGAGCAUGACAGCAUUCUGGGGGAAACGAGGAAGAAGCUAAAGCAAAAAGUGUCCCAGGAAGAGACUGAGGAGGAAAAACAGUUCAGAGCCAUUUACCAGCAGAUUGCUGGUGAGGACAUGGAGAUCUGCGCCAGUGAACUCAAGACCAUCAUAAAGAAUGUACUCACCAAACAUAGUGAAAUCAAGAUUAAAGAAGGUUUCAGCCUUGAGACGUGUCGGAGUAUAAUCGCCUUGAUGGAUACCGAUGGCUCGGGUAAGCUGAACCUGCAGGAGUUCAAACACUUGUGGAGAAAGAUCAAGGAGUGGCAGCUGAUCUUCAAACGUUUCAAUAAAGACAAAUCCAGCUCGAUCAGUAGUUUUGAGAUGAGGAAUGCUGUUAGUGAUGCAGGGUUUCAACUCAACAAACAGUUGUAUGACAUCAUAGCCAUGCGCUAUGCAGAUGAACACCUCAACAUCGACUUUGACAGUUACAUCUGCUGUUUAGUGAGGCUAGAGGGCAUGUUCAGAGCUUUCAACGCCUUUGACAAAGACGGAGAUGGAAUAAUAAAGCUCAAUGUCCUGGAGUGGCUUCAGCUGACACUGUACUCUUAAGUCGCUUUUUGACCCCUGGAGCAGCUGCAGACAGUUGGAGACUCGCCUGUCACAGACUUCACCAUGACUUAACUCUCCUGGAUAACUGCUCAAUUUUCUCUUUACCUACACUUUAUUAAACAUAAUGAAUUUUGUCGGACAAAUCUAUAUACAAAUAUUUAAUGUAUUGUUUUUUUUAAAUAUAUUGGAGGUGAACGCUAAAUUCUAUUUGCCUUUUUAUUGCUGUGCACAUACAAUAAGUAAUAAUUACAAAUGAAACACAUAUUGCACAGUAUAUCACACAAAAAUUAAGAAAAAGAAAAUGUCAUCACAUGAACAAGUGUUAAACUGUGGUGGGAGAAAAGUCUGAAUCAGAAAGAAAUUAAAGAUACAGCGGUUCAAAGUUGUGAAGUUCAGAAAGAUAACAAGCAAUGGCAAUGUAGGAUGAAAAAUAUGAACUCUCAAAUUCUGAUUAAAAAAAAGAAAAAUGAUUUAAAUGCAGGCAAAACUAUUAUAUACACUAAUACAAUCAGGUGUUGAACUGUCUCCUGACAGCUUGUCCAUGGGAAAA